AUGGACCGCUUUGCUGACUCUGGAACGCAGACGGAGGCCGUCGUGGUCUUGUCUCUGGCCCAGGCCGCGGUCCUGGGCUUGGUGUCGGAGAACGAGGUGUUUGGGGCCACCGUCAGUCCCGGCGGGUUCUUCCCGGGCCUCGCCAAUGAGCCGGAAGACACGGCGAUGGUGGGGCGGGAGCAGCCGGGCGGGGGCUGUCCCCAGGAGAGCGAGGGCCGAGGCCAGGCCGACUCGCCGGAGGAGGAGGGCCCGGAGGCCGAGGCGCUCUUUGGGAAGCACGCCCGGCGGAGGAAGCGGCCCCCGGUGAGGCUGGUGCCCAAAGUGAAGCACGAGAGGGGCGAGGGGGAGCCGGACGAGGCGGAGCCCGAGCUGGCGGCCCUGAGCGAGGAGAGGGAGGAGGAGCCCCGCAGCCCCCCGGCCUGUGUGGAAGAGCCCGGCCCCGACCAGGCCGUCCAGAGCAGCACCCCCAGGAUGAUUGACCUCAGCACCUUCAGCCGGAAGCCGCGGCGCCUCCGGAGGCCCCCGCGCCACGAACUCUCCCCUGGGGACCUCAAGGAGGGGCCCCCCAGCCCCCCACCGGCCAGUGCCCCCGAGAGUGCGGAGGCCCUGCCCGGCAGCUACGACGGCUUCCCGGCUCCCCUGCCGGCCCCAAGCCACCCCGCGGAGCAGCCCCCCCUGCCGGACUCGCCGGACCAGAGCCGGGCGGCCUUUGUGUGGCCAGAGCCCCUGGACUUCGAGGCGGAGGCCCCGGGCGAGCAGAGCAAGAAGGCCCAGCUGGACCGCCUGGACAUCAAUGUGCAGAUCGACGACUCCUACCUGGUGGAGAAGCGCUGGCAGUGCCGCCUGUGCGAGAAGUCCUACACCUCCAAGUACAACCUGGUGACCCACAUCCUGGGCCACAACGGGGUGAAGCCCCACUCCUGCCCGCACUGUGGCAAGCUCUUCAAGCAGCCCAGCCACCUGCAGACACACCUGCUCACCCACCAGGGCACCCGGCCCCACAAGUGCCAGGUGUGCCAGAAGGCCUUCACCCAGACCAGCCACCUCAAGCGCCACAUGCUGCUCCACUCCGACGUCAAGCCCUACAGCUGCCGCUUCUGCGGGCGGGGCUUCGCCUACCCCAGCGAGCUGAAGGCCCACGAGGGCAAGCACGAGAGCGGGCGCUGCCACGUCUGCGUGGAGUGCGGCCUGGACUUCUCCACCCUCCCCCAGCUCAAGCGCCACCUGGCCACCCACCAGGGGCCCACCCUCUACCCCUGCCCCGAGUGCAGCAAGGCCUUCCACUACCGCAGCCAGCUCCAGAACCACAUGCUCAAGCACCAGAACGUCCGCCCCUUCGUCUGCACCGAGUGCGGCAUGGAGUUCAGCCAGAUCCACCACCUCAAGCAGCACUCGCUGACCCACAAGGGCGUGAAGGAGUUCAAGUGCGAAGUGUGCGGCCGGGAGUUCACGCUGCAGGCGAACAUGAAGCGGCACAUGCUGAUCCACACCAGCGUGCGCCCCUACCAGUGCCACAUCUGCUUCAAGACCUUCGUGCAGAAGCAGACCCUCAAGACCCACAUGAUUGUGCACUCGCCCGUCAAGCCCUUCAAGUGCAAGGUGUGCGGGAAAUCUUUCAACCGUAUGUAUAACCUCCUGGGCCACAUGCACCUCCACGCGGGCAGCAAGCCCUUCAAGUGCCCUUACUGCUCCAGCAAGUUCAACCUGAAGGGCAACCUCAGCCGUCACAUGAAGGUCAAGCACGGGGUGAUGGACGUCAGCCUGGACAGCCAAGACCCCAUGCUGGAGCUGACCAGUGGUGACCACACAGACCUGGACGGGCCGCAGGAGAUGGAGGACUACGAGGACGAGGAGAAUCCGUAUGAGUACGGGGUCGGGGGGAACCCCACGAAUGAGUCGGCCCUGGCGGAGCAGGCCAUGAAGGAGAUGGCCUAUUACCGCAUGCUGUAGCGGGUGCGUGCGUGCGUGCGUGCGUGGGGCUGGGCCUGGAAGGAGUCACCAGUGCCCCCGCCCCCGGUGAAGGCUUCGUUGAGCAGGGAGAGCUCCCGAGUGGCAGAGAGGGCGCUCUGCCCGCCUAGUUUCUGCCUGCACCGGAGCUGGGGCAUGGCCCCUGGGCGCCCCCUCUGCCAGGCUCUGUUCUCCAGCAGGAGAGGGCCUUUGUCCCGCUACCUCCUGCAGCCUACAGGAAGGGUCCGAGGCAGACGUGGUCCGCCAUACGGGCUCCAGAACUGCCGAGACACACACACCCUCCAGCCUCUGGGUCGGGGCAUGGAGCUCUCCCUUAUAAACUACCUCUGCCCCACACCAAAAAGAAAAAAAUUAUUGUACUAGGGCAGGGGGCUUGCCCCAAAGACUUGUGGAGUGAGUGCGCGCCCCCUGCCCCCCCCCACCCCUUUCCUGGCAGAGCAGCUGAGGUUGCAGGCCAGCCAGUUAGAUCACAGUGUCAUCUCCACAGAGCGGUCUGUGUCUCUCCCCCC